GUCUUUGUUAAAACGUGUUCAACUUUUUACUCAUACCUUUCUCGCAUUGUAUUUUUAGUGUUGGACGAACUCGUUUAAAUGAUCCAUUGGCAUCUACACAACAACCAUACGAUACAAGAGCGGGGACAACAAAAACCGCGACAGCCACUUUCUCAGAUUCAAAAUUGUAUUCGAACACCAACACAAACACCUAUUCGACUGCCAUCUCAAAUAAUACAACAAAUUUACCGGUACAACAAUCAACAGUAGCAGUGUCACCAGAAGAAUCACCUAACAGAGAAGAACGUUCAAAUAUUGAAGAUGAGUGGUUGAAUAUUCAAGACGAAUGUUUACUUAUUGAAGAGCAAUUAUAUUCAUCGUUAGAUGAACAAACAACAGUAGUACAGUCUGUGGCACCGAUACCACAAAUUAGAACUGAUGUUCCCAUUCCUCCUAUGGCAAUUGAUGUGAAUUUAAUUAUGAUGAAUAUUAUCGAAAAACUAGCCAAAGUUCCCACGAAAGUCCGUGAAAAGACAUGGGAAUAUUUUGAGAAGGUAGCAGCGGGUUUAGAAAAUAAUACAAUUGCUAUUUCUCGUGAAAGGCGACAACCACAAUCUGAACCACAUUCAUUUGAUUCAACUUUUGACACGAAUCAAUCAACUACUGACGUGGCUUCUACUCCAACAAUACCAUUAACAAAUACUCGACAAAAAGAAACACUCACUUCAUUUCGUCCAUCAAUGCUUCGAAAUCAUUCAAACACAGAACAACCUCGGAGAAAAGUUGCAUCGUAUCAACCUAGUCAACAAACAGCAACAACAACAUCAUUUCGAUCAUCGUCACGUGGAACAUCACCCAAACGCCUGUUAACAAUAAACGACGUAAAUCGGUAUUAUGAUGAUGAAGAACAACCGACAGAACGAAAAAGAAGAGUGCCACCACCUAGAACGAGAGUGAACAACGUCUUGAGUCGUAUUGAAGAUAUGGUUGCUCCAAUGGAGCGAUACAUUCAACGACACAUAGCACCAUCCACUUCUUACAAAGAAGACGAUGAGGAAAAUUUGUGGUAA